AUGUGCCUUCGCAAGGUUCCGGAUGCUUUGGCCGUGAUAGAAGACUGGGAUCGACAGACCGCAGCAAUGGAAGGGAAGUCAUUGAAGUGGGAAUCAUCUAAAGCAUCGAUAGAGCUUUACGAGCAACUCGAAAGUUUCGGGAGCACAAACAUUGGCUGGAAAUCACUCAAACUAGUUGUUCGUGCACACGCUAUUUCUCUGUUGACAACGGCUGUCGUAGAAGGUCUUUUUGAGCCCCCCUUUGUACGAUUGUUGGCUGAUCUUUGCAUCAGCCUGGAGUGUAGGGCUGAAGCAGCGCGACUUGUCUCAAGCCUGAAGCUCCCCUUGACUGUACCCUGCGGUUCGGCAAGUACACUGUUGGAGAGUAGUGCAGUCCAGCCUCUAGGGGCUAUCCUAAAAAGCUUACACGGCCAAGGAACAAUCGGCCCAUCUUGGUAUUGCCUUUCAACCCUCAUCAAGGACAAGAAACUCCCGCCGAGUUGGCUCACGUCUCGGGCGUUUCAGUCAGUAUGGACAAGAGGAAUCGAGAUUUUACUGCACAGAAGAACACCUGUGGCCCCGGUCAUCGAUUUCAUGUGUACAGCCAUUGACCAGCUUCUACUAGAAGACGGAAAAGCGUUGAAAACGGAAGAACCCUCAGAGGAUGAGACUCUAACGAAUGUGUUGGCUGCAGUGGCAGCAGCGAUAUGGACCCUAGGCACUGAGAUGAAUGACAACGAGCCUUGGAAACUACACUCGGUUCGACGCUUGUUAUUCACACUCGAGUCUUGUGCACUUCAGCAAGAAACGCAUCUUGGCACCACUCGAAACAGAGGUCUUCUCAUUGUCGUUUUAGCUCGGUUCCUGGCUGCCGGUAUGAUCGACAAAAAUGUCGUCAGUUCAACGACGAAAAACCAUGCGAUUUAUGACUGUCUGAAACUCCUGACAGUUAGAAACGGGACCCCCACACAAACACAAUACCGACAGACACUUUUGCUGGCUUGCUCUGUCGCGCAGUACCGGGGGCAAGCGUGUCAUCUGCCAUGCCACGACAUCUUAUCUGAGAUUCAACGGUUUAGUGUCUGA